GUCCACUCGCACAACUUUGAAGCAACGUUUACUUUUCCUCGACGAAAAAAAAGGAACUCAAAAUGCUUGCGCAUUGCACAAAGUCCACCUUCCCAUCGGCGGAAGCUUACCUAACAACUCUGCGGUUCCCAAAUCCACGGCGGAGACCGGCGGCGGAACUUCAUUUUAGUGCGCUCAACAAUUUUCCUACUAGGGUAUCGAAACUGCAAGUUAAGGCUUUGGACCGUAACAACAACAACAACAGCGCCGGGGACGGCGGCUCUAGUAAGAACGCCGUUUCAUCGUCUUCGAAUACGAACUACGUGGUGCCGUUAGAUAAGUCUUCAUCCUCUUGCAUUACUCGUCCUUUAGCUGAGAUCUUACGUGACCUCAACAAGAGAAUUCCUGAUAACAUCAUUAAAGCUGAUGAUGGUGAUGAUCAUUCCACCUUCAUCCCCUGGUACCACGCGAACCGGAUGUUGAGCUUCUAUGCUCCAGGCUGGUGUGGAGAAGUGAGAGAUGUUAUUUUCUCAGAUAAUGGAAGUGUAACAGUUGUUUAUCGUGUCACUAUACGAGGAUCAGAUGGAGAGGCACACCGCGAAUCAACUGGGACAGUAUCACCAGGCAAUGGUCCUAGCACAGAUCUGGUUGCUGCUGCUGAGGAGAUGGCAUUUUGCAGAGCAUGUGCUCGUUUUGGGCUUGGCUUAUAUCUGUAUCAUUAAAAUAGUCGAGUAGAUGCUACAAACUGGACAAUUUUGAAAAUGCUAUUGAAGGUCCUUGUACACAGAACAAGAAUCAUGUAAUAUCUAUUCCGCGGAUGAUGUAAAAAUAUUAUUCAUGAGGAUGGUUAUAUGCACUGUGAAAGUAUGAAAAUA